AAACGUCCUGCGAGAGAAGGACGGUGCCAAGCGUACGUUUGAAAGUAGUGUAUCAGACUCCCAAGACGUAAAGAGAAGAAUAGUCGUAGAGUAAGACAUUUUUUAAAACGGCUUUCUGUCGGUGCCUGGCUGCAUAUUCGGAUAUAUUUUCUAACUCAGGCUUCAAAAGUGGAGACCGUUUUUUCUUCGAUAUCCUUACAUUUCUUUAAACGAGAAAUGGAAGAGGGCUCAAGUUCUCCCAUCUCCCCUGUGGAUAGCCUAGUGACCAGCGAGGAGGAGUUGGACAGACAACAGAAAAGAUUUGGAAGGAAGAGGAGACACAGUAAAAAGUCGAGCGAAGACAGCAGUCCGGGUUCCGUGAAACGGGGCAAAAAAACGAGUCCAAGCAGCAAUCAGUCCUACGAGGAGUUGCAGAACCAGCGGUGCCUGGCCAACGUCAGGGAGAGGCAAAGGACACAGUCGCUCAACGAAGCCUUCUCGUCUUUACGCAAAAUCAUCCCCACUCUACCCUCGGAUAAACUGAGCAAGAUCCAGACACUAAAACUGGCCUCCAGAUACAUAGACUUCCUCUAUCAGGUGCUGCAAAGCGACGAGAUGGACAACAAGAUGUCGAGCUGCAGCUACGUUGCGCACGAGAGACUCAGUUAUGCGUUCUCGGUGUGGAGGAUGGAGGGCGCGUGGUCAAUGUCUGCAACGCACUAGCACCCAAAGCCCUUCACUCAUUGCCAAAGCGACUGUUUACUUCUACAAAUGAAUGAAGACACCAAAUCUAUUGAAGAACCCACGAACCUCAGAAACAUUGUCAAGAGACGUAAAUGUGACACACAGCUCUCCUGGAGUGCGUUGAGUGCAAUUACCUAAUACAUGGAACAGUGUGAGAAGGAGUCAAAAUAACCUUGAAAAUCAUGUUGCAUACUCAGACAGUGUUGUCAGACAGUGUGGUAUGACGCUUCUUGUGUCUACUGGUGCAUUAUCACGUUGUUUUAAUGUCGGUGAUGAUAGUAGGAAAAGCCAUAUUUGAUAUUUUUUGGGGGGAAUUAUAUUUCGUUCUGUUUUUAAAAGCAAUACAUAGAAGUAUAUAAAUGUUUCUUAUUGUACAUACCUGUAAGUAUCUUCAGCUUGUAAGGGACCAAUGCAAUUUAGAAUACGUUAUUGAAGUACGCUCCAUGGAUGUUCAACUCCGUUUUUUUUUGUUGCCUAUUUAUUAAAACACAUAUUUUUGAAUGAUGAA